AUGUCGCCGUUCUCAAUCACGGGCUGUUUACAUCACGGAUCCACUAGUUUUCCGCCCCCAGGAACCGGCCCCGAGGAAGCUGCUACGUCGCCUGCCCUCUCUCCUAUGAUCCUCGUGCAAGAUCUUGACGCGGGUACUCAGGAAACGCGCGCCCUCCCAGAGAAUGACCCAGAGGUACAGAGUCCUGCUGGGUCUCCGAUCUCGACACCUCGACGCCUCGUCUGCCCCGACCUUGACUGA